AUGGACCGCUACGAGGUGCUAGAGCUCAUCGGCAGAGGCUCAUUUGGUGAAAUACGCAAAGUCAGGCGGAUCCACGACGGGGCCAUCCUCUGCCGCAAGGAAAUCCUAUGGCGCAAAAUGAAGCAGCGUGAACGCGAACAGCUCCAGGCAGAGAUGCGCAUCUUGGCCUCCCUACAGCACAAGCACAUUGUACAGUACAUUGAACAAGUUACUGACCAGUCAACAAAAAUGGUCUACAUCUACAUGGAAUACUGCGGCAAUGGAGAUUUGCAUGAACUCAUCACAGCGCGCAAAGAACAGAAUCCAGGCGUCAAGUUCGCAGAGGCCAUGAUCUGGCAAGUUUUCUCGCAACUUUGCCUUGCUCUGUAUCGCUGCCACAACGGUUUCGAUGCGCCCCCGCCACGCAUGCAAAAUACCGUCCUCCAUCGAGACAUCAAGCCGCAAAACAUCUUUUUGGAUCACGAUAACCGCGUGAAGCUGGGCGACUUUGGUUUGUCAAAGGAAGUCACUGGGCCGGGACUCGCAGACACCUAUGUCGGCACUCCUUUUUACAUGUCUCCCGAAAUUAUCGCUGGUAGAGCGUACAAUGCAAAGAGUGAUAUAUGGGCCAUGGGCUGCUGCAUCUAUGAACUAUGCACCUUUGAGCCACCCUUCCUUGCACGAGAUCAGCAAGAACUCAACGUCAAGAUCAAGGCCGGGCAAAUCACCAGCGUCACCCGCCAUGGCUAUUCGGAAAGUCUCGAUCGCGCCAUCCGCGCUUGUUUGUCACAGAGUGAACAGCGCAGACCGAGCGCAGCCACUUUGCUGCGUAUGCAGGAAAUGCACCUCGCGCGUCGG